AUGGUGUCGGCCGAGAAGACCGGGGACGACAGCUCCGCUGAUUUUGAUGCCGAGUCGGGCCACCUCCCGAGCCAUGGAGAAGACGAAAUCGAGCUGGAGCGCAUCAACACCUAUCGACUCCAACAGCAGGAGACAGUCGGGUCGAGCCGAAGUCGGAUUCCUCGAGAGCAAUGGCUGCCUCUCGGCGCUGGCAAACCUUAUCCCCCGGACCUACCUAAUGUCGAGGCAUAUAUCGUUGAGUUUGAGGGGCCGGACGACCUGAUGCACCCUCAAAAUUGGCCAAUGACAAGGCGUGUGGCCCUAGGUUGCAUCUUAACGUUUGCCGCGCUAGUUGCCGCCUAUGGCAGCUCGGUCUUUGCUACUGCUACUCCGGGCACUAUGAGUGAGUUUGGUUACGGACGAGAAGUUGCUGCGCUCGGGACGACGCUGUAUGUGCUUGGCUUUGCUGCUGGACCGACGAUAUGGGCGCCCAUGUCUGAGCUCAUCGGCCGACGGGUGCCGUUGCUGGUAGGGAUGCUCGGGUUCGAUAUCUUCAUUAUCGCCACGGCUACCGCAAAGGAUACGCAAACGGUCAUGCUCACACGGUUCUUCUCUGGACUGUUCGCUGCCAGUCUUAUUGCUUUAGUACCAGCUAGCCUGUCGGAUCUCUUCAACAGUCACCACCGCGGCAUUGCUAUCGCGGUAUAUACCAUGUCCGUGUUCCUAGGGCCGUACACGGCACCAUUCAUUGGAGGAUACACAGCAGAAAGCUAUCUCGGCUGGAGGUGGACACUGUAUGUUCCUGCGAUAGUAGGCUUCUUCGCUUUAGGAUUACUUGUCAUCUUCGCGCAAGAAACAUACGCCCCCACCAUCCUGGUGCAGAAAGCAGCCAUCCUUCGCCGCCAGACCCGCAACUGGGGCAUUCACGCUCGCCAGGAAGAACUCGAAAUCGACAUCCGUGAACUUCUUACCAAGAACUUUACGCGGCCGUUCAGGAUCCUCUUCACCGAACCCAUUGCCUUCCUCAUGACCCUGUACAUGUCUUUCCUCUAUGGGCUGACCUACGCCAUGCUGCAAGCAUUCCCGCUCGUCUUUCAAGGCGUACAUGGGAUGUCGCUCGGUGUUAGCGGACUACCGUUUAUUGGACUCAUCAUCGGCGAGAUCCUGGGUGCAGCGUUUGUGCUCUCUUUCUACAAGUCGUAUACGCGGAAGUUGAUCGCGAAUAAUAAUGUUCCCGUCCCGGAAUGGCGGCUACCGCCGUGUAUUGCUGGUGGUAUUGCGUUUGCAGGAGGACUCUUCUGGUAUAGUCAACCUUUGUGCUUCUUACAACAGUUACUAAGAAUGAGAACAGGUUCGGCUGGACCGGCUUCAGCAUAUCUAUCCACUGGAUGGCCCCGACCGCAUCUGGAGUCUUCGUCGGCUUUGGUCUGA